GAGAUUGAGAGGACUUGGAGAGCUGCGGGACCCUUUCCUCGGACCGGCUACUCAGUACAACCAGUGUGUUGCACCAACAGCCACGUGAAGAGCAGAUCCUAACCUCGCCUCCCCUCUCUGACGUCUCCUGGGGGGGUCACACCAGUAGGGGGGUCUUCAAACCAGGACCACUUUAUAAGCCUCGUACCAGAAGAUGCGAGUUCAUCACUUGUGUGGAUGAACCGGAGGAAGGACACUGACUGAAUGAUAUCUGUUUUUCUGGAUGUGAUUUGGGGUGGUUACGCACAGGUUCCUCAGCCGGGAAGUCCAUCAGCAUUGACUUGUUUUUGCUUUUAUUUUAAAAACUAUAUCUCUCGUUAUUUUUUCCUACCGUCUCGUGUGAUUAUUUGUUUUCGGGAACGACAUCGACAUUUAUCACUAAAUGUGGGUUCUCGGAUCGUCCGGUGCAGUGAUGAUGGAUGAGCGCUCGUCUUCCUCGGCGCGUUUUGCCCAGAGCCCGGGACAUCCCGCCAGGGUCCACAGUAUCGAUGCCAUAUUGGGAUUUAAGGAGGACCACAUGUUCAACAAAUCAGCGAUUUACAGCGUGAGAGAGAAGUCCUGCAUGAAUGACACGGCGCGUAACGGGAACGUGAUCGUAGCCCCGAUGACCAAGAAAGAGCAUCAUUCUGAAACUUUUGACAGUAUGUGCUGCACCACCACCUCGGACAGUCCGACCCACAGCCCAGCAGACUCGCCGGGCGGGGACGGCAGACCGGACUCAGAGGACUCGGAGGAGGACCAUCCCAAGAAGAAGCACCGCAGGAACCGGACCACCUUCACCACCUUCCAGCUGCACGAGCUUGAGCGCGCCUUCGACAAGUCCCACUACCCCGACGUGUACAGCCGCGAGGAGCUGGCGCUCAAGGUCAACCUGCCGGAGGUCCGAGUGCAGGUGUGGUUCCAGAACCGACGUGCCAAGUGGCGGCGCCAGGAGAAGCUGGAAGUGAGCGCCAUCCGGCUGCAGGACACCCCCUCUUCCCUGUUCUCCUUCGGCUGCCCCUCCACCAACCCGCUGCACGGCCCAGGGGGUCUGCACCUGGACCCCUGGCUCACCACCCCUAUCACCAGCACCACGGCCGCCUCGUCCCUGCCCGGCCUCCCCGGGUUCAUAGGCGGCUCCCAGGGGCUCUCGGGUGGGGGUUACGCGUCGCCACCGCCUCCCCACUCCAUGGCCUCCUCCAUGCCGGCUACUUUCCUCCACUCGGCGCCCGGGUCAGGGUCCAACCAUCACCAGCUCCCCCAUAUAGGCUCUAUAUGUCCGCCGGCAGCGGCCUACCCCUGCUCGGGCUUCAUGGACAAAAUGGUCCUGGAGGAAUCGGACCCGCGGAACUCCAGCAUCGCGUCCCUCAGGAUGAAGGCCAAGGAACACAUCCAGUCCUUCGGGAAGACGUGGUAACGAGAUGGGGGGACUUCUUUUUUAACUUGUAUUUUACAGACUUCAUCGAGCUCUUAUGAGGAGAUUUAGGUCUGGGUGUGUUUUUUUCCCCCUUGUGAUUCAGAAUAAUUUUAUUUUGUACUAUGGAUUUUCUUCUCUUUCAGUUUUUGAUGAACUCUUUUUAUGAUAUGGUGGGAAUUUUAACCAGCUCUGAUGGGCUUGAACUGUUUUUGUCAGUAAACUGCUCUCCGUCCCAUGCUGAACCCUGCUGUCUUGAUAUCACCAUGAAUCUAUCACCAUUUAUUUAUUUUACAUUUGCAAUGUAGACUGAACAGGGAAAACAGCAUAUAAUCAUUCACGUUAUCAAAUUACAUCAAAUCAUUUUUGUUUUCGUUAUUUGUGGUCAAAUGUGACGAAUUGUAUUUUAUAAAUAUGAAAAUGACGUCAUGAUAUUUGUUCAACUUCAAUAUUGUGCGCUGCCAUACUUCAAUGGUUUGGGAAUUUAUCGUUUAUUGGACUUACCUCACAGUGGUACUGAAUUACUUUCUAUACACCUGAUAACCAGCAUCAUUGCAUGUGUUUAAUUGGAAUAAUAAUGAUUAGCUUCAUUAAAAAGCUUUAACGGUAUACAUGCCAUUGCCUCAUCUUUUGCCGAAGUACUGAAGUGUUUUGGAGUUUAAAUAAUAUGCCCACACAUCAAUACAAUAAAACAUGGGUGCUAUAGCACCCCAGUGUGGUUGACGCACGAAACAUUAUUUUAUUAUUAUAUUCUCUAUUUUGACAAUCAAGAGUAAAGUAAGCGUUGACAAAGUGAUUUCUUCUAUGUCUUUCCACAUUUGGCUGCAGCAUUUAGUCAUUAUAACAUAAUAGAUAUGUGUACACACACAUCACCUUAUAGGCCUGUUUACAAACAUUCAUAAGGCAAUAUAAAAUAGUUAAAACAUAAAAUGAUAAAAAUAUAUUUUCAUGCAUCCUGAGAACAGCCUCAAUUUCAUUAUCCCAACGCUAUUAUCAUUAUCUUCAACUCUUUUAUUUUUUUAACCCUACUUAAAGUUCGUUGGGCACUUCCUCCUUCCCUAAACAGCAUCUUAACUUUCCCUUUGCACUGGUCAAAUUAGAUUUAUGAAGAUUGGGUGAAAGUGGUUUGUAAGUCUAUUAUUCGGGUCUAUUAUGAGUCCUGGGUUACCAAUGAGGCAGGAGCCCUUCCCUUUGAGCGGCAGCAGAAAGGAGGGCCUUCACCAAAUGGAAUUGGGCCAAUUAGCAUAAGGCAUUGUGCGUGCGCCCUGAGGAGCUCUGUUGUCCCGCGCUAGGGGGUAAACACACACACGUGGGUCAGGGGUGUAAAUAUCUGACCUCAUGAUUUAAUAAUGAUUCUUUACAGAGAGAAAAAAUAUUAACUGUGCCUCUUGAAACGUCUAAUAAAGUGAAUUGAAUCCAACAAUGUUUUUUUAUAUAUAUAUUACACGCUUGAGUUAGGAUAAAUGAUUGAUCAGCAUUAAGUAGAAAAUAUAUGGAGCCAAUACAUAAAUACAGACAUAAUACAUGGGCCAAAAAUCCAACAACAAACCUAAGGCUAAUUUGUUCAGUAAAGAAGUAGCCUAUCAUUUAUCAUUAAUUAUUUACAUAAUUGCAUGUCAUUGCAGUUAAUUCAUCACUCUUUUCCUUUGCUUUUCAUUCAAAGAUAAUGCUUUUAAAAUGUGUGCAACAAUAUUAUGACUUACAUUUUUUAAAUGAGCUCUCAAAUUUGGUCCUAUUCUAUCCUCAAUUGUAAAGCGCAUAUCUGUUGCCAUCUAGUGUUAUGAACCCGC